AACGAGUAUGAUGAUAGUGAGUGAUAAAGUGUCGGUUCGUGUAGCAAAGGACUACUCAGGUAACCGCCCGAAGUUAUGUACUGUGCGAGGCAAGACGUACUGACUUCUUCGAUGACAAACCAGCACACGAAGGUAAGUAUUGGAACAAUAUUUUAUAUAUCCCACUAUAAUUAAGUGCCCUCUUCUCUCGUACAGUUCUUCAGCAAUUGCAAGCCGAAUCACGAUGAGUCCCCUCAACAGCCUCAACUACGAUUUCGCUCCCCCGAACGACUCCCAUAGGGAAUUUUGGCAGCACAGUCUGGCAAUCGGACACGAGCAGUUCAAGACGACCGUUGCUUUUCAACACUACGGAAGGGACGGUGGUGUCUGGUACAGACCCUCGGUGCCAACUGUACCAACCACUCACAACAGAGCCGACAGUUUGGAAAUGCUCAUGAAGGGGUACCACAUCGGCCAGGCAGAUGCGCAUAAUCAAGCACUGUAUCCUCGUCAGUUGGGGAUUGGGAAUCAACCAGGGUUUCUUCAAGCUCUGCCGUUCUCUAGUAUGGAGUGUCCAUCAGGCGUCGAUCCACCGGUCGGUUCGCGACUUCAAUAUGAAGUAUAUGAUGGCUCCACCAACGGCGCCCACAGUGCCCACAGCAGCUCACUGGCUAGCUCCCAUCAUCUCCCCAUCGCCUGUCAUGAAGCUCAGGUCGAUUCACAAGCACGCGCGACAGGCUUUGAUCCUCCAACCAAUAGUCAGAAUCGAGUAGGAAAACGGCCCAACGGGAAGUGUCAACUUUGCGGUCGGUCUGUCCGUCUCAUGAACCGGCACCUGCGUGACAGGCACGGCUCCACUCUCGAGCCUCGCGCCGCCACCUUCGAUUGUACAAUUUCUGGAUGCAAGAGGAGAGGUGACCAGAGCUUCACUCGAAAGGACAACCUUACCCAGCAUCUCCGCAACGUCCACGGCGUUGCUAUUCCGAAGAGGUUCCGCAAAGAGUUCACCGGGGGCGUGGUCCAGUCAUAGAUAGAAUCACGGGCUAGCUAGAAGAUGAAAAAGUUAUCAUCUUUUUCGUUGACUCUUCGUUUAAGAAUUUGCAAAAGUAUAGCAAUGGAAUUUCUCUUACCUACUUACUAGGACGUUCCGUUUGAUCGAGUGAUAGUCGAGCAGGGGCGGAUCGUAAUGGAUGAACGACGAACGUGUGAGAGUUGGCGGGCAUUUCUUUGUGCUCAUGGGCACCGUUCUCUUUUAAGGAUAACUAGAAC